AUGUACGACCAAACAACCGAAAUCUUCCGAAUAUCAGGAAUUGGCCAUUGCAUAACCGAACACGAUUAUCUACGACCGCCACUAGACAAGGACAGGGCUAUAAUUGGGGACCCAGACGAGGACGAGCAAGGUCUCGCUCGGUAUUACCAUUUAGCCGUCAACUUUUGGUGCGAUUACUAUCACCAGAAGACGGAUUGGUGUGAUGUAGCCGUUGCCGUGCACAUGCGGUGCUGGGAUUUAUCAGAGCGUAUCUUUGGACCGAGUGUUCAUGAUCAUUUAGGAUUGUUCGUGGCGGUUACUUUGCAAACUGCAGUGGGGAGGGGAUUGCCAACGUGGCCGGAGAUUGAGAUUGGGAGACAAGGCUAACUAGUGCAGAUUUCAUCUAUCAAGGAGACCUGGGCUAACGGGUAGGGGAGAGCAGAUUCCUUAAGACACCCCAAAACCAACAGACUCGCCCAAGAAGCCUUGAAACGACG